AUGCCGACGCGCAGUUUGAGGGCGGCAGAACCCUCCAUCUCGACGGCCUUGUCCACUGCCUGGGAAUAUCCCCCGAAGAAUAGGCCAAACAGUAACCCCAUGACGCCGCCCGCGGUGCCGGACAAGGCCGCUUUGAACAUGCAUGACUCCGUGCCUUUGUUGAUCAUGACGAGCCAUGGUGGAGGUUUCUGGAAGUCGGCGGGUGGCGGGGGGGGCCACAUGAAUUGCGGAGUGUUAUCAUUUGGUUUGUUGUUGUCGAAGAUGUCGCUGGUCGACAGGUGGCGCGGUGAUUCGCCUGAUGUUGUGAAGGUGCUAGAAGCGACCUGUUCGGGGGUUUCGUCCUCAGGCAUCGCCGCUCGCGUUCCUGCAAGCUGUUUCGAUAAAGAUGACUCAGUGCCCCGAACGAAGCCCGAAUUGGAACCUCAAGCCGAGUCGACCGUGAUGUUUCAAGUCCUUUUACCCGAAUACGAGGACCACCACGAGAACAAGCAAGGCCGUCUGGCAUCGUCGCUGCAUCAACUGAAGCUCACGGUGCAAUUUUGCGUACUACAGUACCUGAUUGGUCAGUGUGGAUCAAAUUUGAGGCUCAAACCUUUCACGAGAAAAUUACUUCUUGUCCAUUUGACCACUUGGCAUGUUUUGCAUGAAUGA